GGCGAAGACGAUCGCCAAGCCAGCCAAGUCCGUCCGCUGCAUCAUCGAGGACAUAUGCCAGCAUGCAGUGUGCCCGGCCAAUUACAUGUGCAUUGAAACCACCAACAGCAAUGGGGUGGCAUGUUACUGCGGCGAUGACUCGGGGCCGCAUGGCACAUGCAUGUUGCCUGAGGAGAAUGAAGUUCCUGCUGAAUUUGCACCCUCGCCAACAGACCCCUUCCCCUCUGCACCCAGACAUCCACCCUCACAACCAACACGCAUGCAGCCCCCACUUCAAUGUGCCUGUCUUCGUCUCUUCUCCCCGCCACCCCCACCAGCGGAUGUGUGUGGCAACAGCACCAGGAACCCCUGCAAGGAUGGCGCGUGCAUCAGUGCUGGCCCCGGCUCCUACACCUGUGUCUGCCCGCCCUUGCACGUCCCUCACACCACGACCAAAGGAUACCGCACCUGUCAAUACGGGCGUGGACUGCUCUGCUGCCCUCACCCGGGGUCAAACGCUGAACGUGACUGAGAGGGACGACCUGGCCUCCUGCUCUGUCUUCUACUAUAUCCAGCCGGGAGACACAUGCGAGUCAGUGGCAGCCUCUCUCGCCAUCUCCUCCCUAUCCCUGCAGCAGCUGAACCCCGGCUCCAACUGCUCCUCGCCCCUCCCCCCAUCCCGCUCUCUCUGCAUCGAGCGGGACGAUGGGAAGGUGGGGAGUGGGAGGUACUGCGAUUCAACAUACUCAGCCAGCGGCACGGACAGCUGCACUGCAGUGGCGGAGGGCCGUCAGCUGGGUACCUUGGUGGAGCUCUACCGGCUGAACCCAGGGCUCGUGUGCUACAGCUCAGUGAAUGCCGGUCGGGAGUGUCCUGGGUAA